AUGGCGGAGUUUUUCCAGGAGCUGUUUUCCAGCAUCUUCACCCCCGGAGCAACGCCCACCCUCCUCAUCGCUACCAACGCUACCUUCGCCGCUCUCCAAGUCGUCUUCUUUGUUCUACUCGUGGCAACAUACAGCAUACACUUCCUCAUCCUCUCCUGCAUCAGCGGCGCGCUAUGGUACUCGAUAAAUUGGUUUGCGGAGGAGGUAAAGGCGGAAAAUGAGCGACAGAAGAAGCUCGCGGGGGUCAGGGAGAAAGAUGAUACGGGGUCGUCGACGGAUCUCAGUAGCUUACGCAUGAAGAAGGAGGCGUCGCCUGUUUCUCGUCUGUCGGGAGCCAUGUCCGAUUCAGCUGAGAGUGGAACCGAGACAGAGAGCAUACGUGCCGGCCAUAUCGGAACUCCGAAGGUAUCGGGUGCCUCUCCGUUGAGCGGCGGUACUGCUGUGAGGCGGACCACACCAUCUGCAUCAGGCGCCCAGGUAACACUGACGCCCGAGAGCAGCACUGACGAGCUCACGCUGCGAAAGCCAACUGGGGAUAGCUCUGGGUACAUCAGCACCGACAGCGAAUGGGAAAAGGUCGACGAUAAAGAUCGAUAG